AUGGCCUGUUUCUUUCAUCCAUUCCCAAGACUGCCCGUUGAGCUUCGGCUGCAAAUCUGGGACGCAGCAUGUCUUUCAUACAUCUUCUACGAUCGUCACAAAUCUAGGAUGCAUUACAUUGAUGUUGAGCCUAGUGCUGGCAGCAAUACGCUCUUAGCAUAUCACAGAUCCACGACAGCCUGCACAGAAUCACGGGAGGCUGUCUCAAAAUACUGGCUCAAGUAUCCCUAUGGCAAUAUGUCCCUGCCCCCUGCGAGACUCCACAUGCACGACAAUGAAGAGGUUUGGGAUGCUCCUGUCAGUCCAACGAAGGAUGUCUUUUGUAUCAAGUCGAAAAGCUGGAAAUGGAAAGCCAUUGAUGAAAACAAUAAGCAAUGGCGGGUGGCCAUCCCACACUUGAGCCCUACAGGACCCCAGAACAUCUACAUCAAGAGAAUAGCGUUCGAAUUCGACCAGACCUGGAACAUGGAUCUUCCAGGAAACUACUACGAUUUGGCAUCUGAAAACUUUGCCCGAGGAUUCUUCUCACGGUUUUUCUACGGCGCGUUCUUCAAGUACGCUACUGAGCCUAACGUCUACCUGAUUGAACAGUCUGGUCAUUGGACAGGCUACCUUCCCAAGGAUCACUUUAGGGAGAGCUCGUCUUGCAAGGACUACGACACAGAUUAUGCCCUAGUGCAGCCGUACUAUAGAUGUUUUCGGUGUAAAGAUUGGCACGAGACCGAUGGAGCUUUUGCAAAUGUCAGAAGCUUCAUAGACAAGCUCGAGGAGCUUUGCGAGGUCUGUGAGCCGGAUCGUCCCAAUACCAAGCACGAUCACCGAGUUGACUGGCAAUGGAUACGACCAGACUAUAAAUCAAGUGAUUGCAUCCGAUAUAUCGCUUGUUUGGACAAGAAAAUCUAG